GGAAAUCAUACGAUUGGUGUCGCCAAAGAUGGUCGCACGUUUGGAUGGGGCCGCAAUGACUUCGCUCAGUGUGGUGUUCCGUCGGAUAAGACGACCUCACUUACCAGAAAAUAUUUUUAUCAACCACCAAAGGAUGGAUCAGUGAAACGUUGUGUAUCUUUGCCAGACGACUCAUCAUACAUCACAAAACCUACUUUGAUUCCUCAAGUAGAAUUGAGUUUUCAUGAUCAAGUGAUAUCGACUGGUUCUGGUUUAGACAAUGUUGCUUCAUCUUUUGAUCAAAAGCAGCUGAUGUCAAGUUUGAGAGGGUGCGAUCUGGCCACCAUUCAGGCUGUAUCCCGCCAUUUCCUUGCUCUGCACUCUGAUAGUCAAACGAAAACGAAAUGGUCGAAUGUUGAUUGUUCUGUUCCUGUUGCACUCGUCCAUCUUAUGUCUGGAAAUGUUCUUGCGGCCAUACAACAAAUAGGAAGAGCGUUAGCUGUCUCUGACCCAAAGUCUGCUGCCGCCUUAUAUCGAGACGAAGUGUUUUAG